GGAGCUAAAAAGAUGUGCCUCAACUUUGACUAAGUGUGAGAAAGGGAGAAAAAGAAAUAGUCAAAGGAGAGCUGCAGUAGGCAUGAGAGGAAUCUCCAUUUCCACCAACCACCAUUAUAUGCCUUUUCAUCUCUAAUUUCCCUUCUUCUUCUUCAUCUUCUUCUUCUUAUUAUUAUUACUAUUAUUAUUACUAUUGUUAUUCCCAACUUAUUCUAUUUAUUCUCUUCUUAUUCACCCAAUUUGAUCAAACAUCAAACACCACAUCCUCUUGGAUUCAAGAGAAAGAGAGGAGCAAACACAAUUUUUUUUUGGUAUCAUCAUCAUCAUCACAUAUUGAUUGAUUAGUGUGUGUUUGUGUGUUUCUAAAGCAAGCUAUGGAAAGUUCUCUCUCCAAACUUGCUCCUCUAGAAGCAGUUCUGUUCGACAUCGACGGAACCCUCUGUGAUUCUGAUCCUUUUCACUACUACGCUUACCGCGAACUGCUUCAGCAGAUUGGUUUCAACGAUGGAAUUCCGAUAACCGAAGAAUUCGGCAUCAAGAACAUAGCUGGGAAGUCGAACGAAGACGUCGGUCGCGUCCUUUUUCCUGAUUCGGAUCAAGAGAAGAUCACGAAAUUCUUCGAAGAGAAAGAAGCUAUGUUCUGCAAAUUGGCAUCUGAGCAGCUGAAGGGAGUAAAUGGUUUGCAGAAACUGUGUAAAUGGAUCGGCGACCGAGGGCUGAAGCGAGCUGCGGUUACGAACGCGCCGCGACCGAAUGCAGAGCUGAUGAUUUCGAUUCUAGGCUUGACCGAUUUCUUCCAGGUCGUGAUUACCGGCGACGAGUGCGAUCGAGCCAAACCAUUUCCAGAUCCUUAUCUGAGGGCUCUCAAGGAGCUUGACGCGUCUCCGGACCACUCCCUUGUUUUCGAGGACUCCGUGACCGGAAUAAAAGCCGGUGUGGCCGCGGGGAUGCCCGUGGUCGCGGUGGUGUUGAGAGGCCGCGAGAAGUCGCUAACCGACGCAGGCGCAACGAUUCUGAUAAAGGAUUAUGAAGAUCAAAAGCUCUGGAAUGCACUUGAGCAGCUUGAAAGAAGUGUGGAAGCUGAAACUAAAACUGAGAAAUAGAUGAGAUGGUUAUAUAUAUAUAUAUAUAUAUACUACUCUUCAUUUAUCAAGAAUAAAAAAGAAAAGCAAUUGCAAUUUAGUUUUUUCUUCUUUUUUUUUUUUAUUGUUUUGUUUCCAUAAAAAAGUGAGAUUUAUGAGGCAAUUGUUGUGUAAACCUAACUCAAAAUUAUCUUUUAAUUAAUUGAAUAAAGCUUUUGGAUUGUCUCAA